AUGUCGACCACUUCGGGUGCAGGUGUCGCGGCGCCAGUUUUCUCAUAUGCCCAGGCUGCGAAAGGGCUCACGCCGUCAACAUCGGCGCAGCAGACCCCGCGCAAUGAAAGCCCUGCAGCAUCCGACAAGGGUGGCAAAGAUCAGUCUGUGACCGAGUCCAGCAGCUCUACAUCAGCGAUCAAAUCUACCACCUUGAGAACAGAGUCCGAUGACCAACCCAGUCUAAAUUCUAGUGGCCCUAAGCCUUCUACUCCAGAGGUUACAGAAAAGGAGAAUAUCCCACCAACGCAGCAGAGUUUGGCCACAUCUCAUGACGAUAAAUCAUCAAUCGCUCAGACAAACUCAGCGACCCUCAAUCCCGGUGAGGAUUCCCAGAGAGAUGAGGCCAGACCCUCAUUGCAGAAUGGACGUUCACAUUCGGAGCAAUCUUUGGAGUCCUCUUCACGUGACAAGGGUGCACAGAGUACUGUUGACAAGAAGUCCAAAGAUGUGGACGAUGACUGGGAAAACGUCUCAGUGCCUUCAAUGAGUGCAGAGAAACCACUGAAGGCCGCACCGCCCCCUGUAGUCAAUAUUUGGCAGCAACGCAAGGAGGCCCAAGAGGCAAAGCUGAGAGAGCUCACUGAGCAGCAGCGCGCCGCGGUUCCUGCUAUACCUCAAAUACCCAAGUCUACGGGUGGGAGCGAGGAUUCCAACCGCAAAUCCAUCGGCAAGGACACCAACAGCGGUGACAAAGAAGGAAAGAGUUUCGAUACCACACGAGUCAACAACCGAAAGGAUGCUCCCUCAGGCCGUUUUUCUCGUCUAGAGAAAGCUGAUGCAGGGAUUCCAUCCCCAGUAGGAGAUGCCCAGUCAUGGCCAACCCCUGAGAUUACGACCGUGGAAGAACGACGCAAGUCAUCUGUUCAUGAAAAGGUUGAAAAGCCAGACGCCAAAGAGCAACCGCAGAAAUCGCACGGAAAACAGUGGGUCCCGAUGCGUUUCGUUCCGACGGCUAAAUUUGAAACCCAGCUUCCACCAUCUGCCGCCCGUCGAGGUGGUAGAGGAGGCGCACGAGGGCGGGACAACAAUGGCCGUGGAGGGCACACUGGCAGUCCUGGUGAAAAGCCAGAUUUACCUGGGUCCAUGGGCCCGCCUCCUCUACCGAGACCUUCGGGUGAACAAGACAGAGGCCGUCGAUCUGAGGGCGCUCGUGGUGCACGUGGAGCAUCCGUUCCGACCAACGGCACCCGGCCUGCGAGCCGCGAUGAGUCCACACCCAGUUUCCGCAAACCUUCUGUGCCCGCCAGUAGGGACCCAGCAGGUGCCGAUAUUCCCGGCAAUGCUGCUACUUCAAUUCCACCAAACGGCGAAGACCAGGUGCCAAGAACAGAUGAAAGUUCACGAUCCUCUUCAAGGCACACUGGACGUGCUGGAGGCCAAAUCGUGAAUGGGGAAGGGCAUCUCCCAUCCGAGCAAGUUUCAGGUGGCUGGGGCCAUUCUAGUGAGCCAUCCGUUCGCCAUUCAUUGAAUUUUGACCGAUUCAAAGGCCCUGGCGCAUCCGCUCCACGAGGAAACGGCGAUUUUGCCCGUGAUCGCGGAGCUGGCAGAGGUCGAGAUUGGUCGAGAGACAAACCUGAUUCAGCUCGUGAAAAGGUCGAGUCCUGGAGAGACCGAGAGCACUCUGGUGAUCACAGCAACCGACGUGAUGCUCGCCCUGACCGCGGACGUGGAGGUUUUCGAGGCAGAGGCACCCAUUCCUACUCUCCAGCAUUCGGAUCUUCGCACGCCUACACGUCUCCCCUGCCCCAGAAUGGAUUUGAGCCAGCCAAGUCAAAUUCUCACGGCGAAAGUCGUGCAAGGCAGGCCUCGCAACCGUACCAGCCGAGCCAACAAGCCGGCAGCGCCAGCGGAAACCCCCGAUCUCAGUCUAUCCCAGUGGGUAUGAUGUUCCCGGGUUAUUACAAUCCUGCGCAAGGUGUGGCUCAAGGUCUCCCACCUUUGCAGACUGAUAUGCAAGUCUAUGGUUACCCAUCUCCUGUGCAGAUGCAGCCUGGUAUCAUGAGUGCUAUGGCGUACAACGACCCCUUGAAUUCAUAUGCGUUGCUGUCGAUGGUCAUGACUCAAGUCGAAUAUUACUUUUCGAUCGACAACCUUUGCAAAGAUCUGUUUCUGAGAAAGAACAUGGAUGGUCAAGGCUAUGUGCCGCUGAGUGUCAUCGCGAACUUUAAGCGGAUCAAGACCCUGACGGAAGACAACAUGACGAUAGACACACUCCGUUAUGUGUGCCAACAGGUCAAGAGCGUGGAAUUUCUUCCAGGAACUGACGGAAAUGAUCGACUACGGCGACGAGAUAACUGGCGAGACUUUGUGCUUCCUGUCGAGGAGCGGUUUGAGUCAGCCCGCAAUGAUGGUCCCCUGGCUGUUCCCGAACAGUACGCUCAACAGCCACCACCCGAGCAAGGUGCCCCUUUCGACCCGUCUUUUGGCUUCGGCCAAGUGCGCAGUCCUCCACUGAACGUGGCUCCCGUCAACAACACCUUCCACACCGGCUCUCCCGUCUCCUUUGUCCCAGGGGCCGCAGUCGAUGGACAUGUGUCGGGCGGACCGUUUGUUCCCGCCUUUGAGGGCGUCCCCAAUGAGGAGAAACAUAAUCCUUCUGCGCCGGCAUAUCCUCACGAGCUGAAUGUGACAUCGCCGUCAAAUCCUGCUCUGGCAUCGUUCACUCCCCUCACCAACGGCCAUAAUCGUCAGGGUUCUCGUGCCGACAUUGAAGACGACCUGUUCCCCGACGAGCAUAUUCCAAACAUCAAUAUCCGCAUGCAGCCACGCUUCUUUGCCGGUCAAGAGAUGACUGCAUCGUUCACUCACAUUGCCGAGGCACCUCCUCACGACUCACCUGGCGGGCCUAAGGAAGAUGCUAACGGUCUCAUUGAGCCGGAGCAAUCACGUCUCCCAGGUCUGCGGGGAGGAGCAGGCAGCCCACAGCAACUUGCGCAAUCCACCAGCUUGUCAUUUGGAUUUCCGAACGCCACUACGACUGGUGAUGGAAACAGUAUUAUUUAUUUUGCAAAAGACGGUCAGGAGACCCAGCUGCCACCGCCGCUGCUCGGACAAUAUGAUCAAACGUAUCAGUCAUUGCACGACGUUGCAUUUCAACAACGCCAGCUCGGUGUUGAGGGGGCCUUAGAGCCGCUUUAUUCUUUCUGGAGUGAUUUCCUGAUGGAUAAGUUUAAUGUUGGCAUGUAUCAGGAGUUCAAAUCCACUGCGGUCAAUGACGUUCAACAAGGAAACGGCGGUGGCAUGGCGCAUCUUGUCCGUUUCUAUGGAAAGCUCCUAGGGGGGCCCGUUCCAGUCAGCGAACGCCUUGCUUCUGACAUGGUCGCGCUUUUGCGAGAAGACAAGAGCAAAGAUCGUGCCAUUUUCCAUGCUCUACGAACGGCUUGGCGCAAUGGGGCGACCAACCUGAAGACCAUCAAGAGGUUGCGCGACGUCCUCACCGCUGAGGAGAAAGCCGAUCUCGACAAGAGUGGCUAA